UGACCCCAACCCCAAUCCCAGCCCAACCCCAGCCCCAUUUCCGCCCCAGGUACUCCAUGCAGGAGAUGUACGACGUGGUGGCCAACGUGGAGGACUACAAGAACUUCGUGCCCUGGUGCAAGAAAUCCGUGGUGGUGUCGCGGCGCCAGGGCCACCUCAAGGCGCAGCUGGAGGUGGGGUUCCCGCCCGUGCUGGAGCGCUACACCUCCAUCGUCACCCUGGUGCGGCCCCACCUGGUCAAGGCCGUCUGCACCGACGGGCGCCUCUUCAACCACCUGGAGACCAACUGGCGCUUCAGCCCCGGCAUCCCCGGCUACCCCCGCACCAGCACCGUGGAUUUCUCGAUCUCCUUCGAGUUCCGCUCCCUGCUGCACUCCCAGCUGGCCACCGUGUUCUUCGACGAGGUGGUCAAGCAGAUGGUGGCCGCCUUCGAGCGCCGAGCGGCCAAAACCUUCGGGCCCGAGACGCGAAUCCCGCGGGAGCUGAUGUUCCACGAGGUGCACCAGACGUGAGGGGCGGAGCGGGGCCCGCCCCGAGCCCAAACCCCCCCAAAAAUAUUUAUUCAACCAAGUGCGUUUCUCUCUCUCCUCCGCUGCUGUUGCCUCAACGCCCCCCCCGGGGCUGCUGUGAGCCCCCUGCCCUCAAUCCCAGCAGCUGAUUUUGCAGCUGGUUUGGGGUUUUAAGGUUUGGUUUCGUUGUUGGUUUGGUUUUUUUUUUUUUUUUGUUUUUUUUUUUAACCCUUUUUUGGUUCUUUUUAAGCUCCUCAGCCAGGCUGGAGGGCCCUGAUAGGGGCAGCUCUGGUAGGAAUGGGGAGGGGGUGGAAAAGCUGCAGUGAGCCCCCUCCCCUCAAUCCCAGGAGCUGAUUUUAGGUUUUAAGUUUUGGUUUAGUUUUUUUUUUUUUUUCUUUAUUUUUAACCCUUUUUUGUUGUUGUUUUUAAGCUCCUCAGCCAGGCUGGAGGGCCUCAAUGGGGGCAGCUCCUGCUGUGCUCUGGGAUGGGUGAGGGAAAAGCUGCUGGGACCCCUCCCCUAAUCCCAGGAGCUGAUUUUGAGGUUUAAAUUUUGGUUAAUUUUUUUUUUUUUUUACCCUUUUUUUGGUUCUUUUUAAACUCCUCAGCCAAGCUGGAGGGCCCCAAUGGGGGCAGCUCCGGUAGAGGAACAGGGAGGGGGUGGGAAAAGCUGCUGGGACCCCCUCCCCAAUUCCUCCCCAAGGAACAAAAAAAGGGAAGGAGGAGCCCCCCACCCACCCACCCAAAAGCAUCGCACACUUUGCACAAGCCACACGCACAGGGUGGGGAGGGGGCGGCUCCUGCUGCCCCCCCCCAUCACCCCCACGGUCCCCCCCCCCCCCCCAGCGACCCCACCCCUAUUUUGGGGGGGGGGGGUGGGAAGGUCUCAGCUCCUCCCCCCUCCCCUUUAACCACAGGGGGGUGAGGGGGUCCCCGAGCCCCCCCUGGCCCAAGGAAGGAAAGGCUUGGCCAGGCCAAUAAAGAGAAUUUUCCAAGGGUCAGCAGCCUCCUGCUCCUCAUUG